UUCUCCAUUUUUCUCUUUGGUAGUAUUUGUGGAUUUGUACCUGAAACUUUGAAACUAUCAAUUCUCAGCAGAAACAUGGCUUUCUCUCAAUCUCUGCAACCUCCAUCGCUUGUUCGCUUACACAAAUCUUCAACCCCAGUUCGAUUCUCUUCCCUCCCUUCAUCUUCCUCCUCUCUCUCCUUCCGGUUUUCCCCUUCAUUUCUCAACCGCAAGAAACCCUUUUUGUCAAUUAAGUCGGCCUCUGUGGAAGCUCCCUCAGCAGCUGGGGGACUAGCGCCUGCUAUUGCUUUGACGGACAAGGCACUGACGCACUUAAAUCAAAUGAGAUCUGAGCGCAAUGAAGAUCUUUGCCUCAGGAUUGGGGUCAAACAAGGUGGAUGUUCUGGUAUGUCUUACACUAUGGAGUUCGAGAGCAAAGCAAAUACAAGACCUGAUGAUUCAGUCAUGGAAUAUAAUGGUUUCAAUAUAGUUUGUGAUCCCAAAAGCCUUCUCUUUCUCUUCGGUAUGCAACUAGACUACAGUGAUGCACUCAUCGGGGGAGGUUUUAACUUCAAGAAUCCGAAUGCUACUCAAACCUGCGGGUGUGGUAAAUCAUUUGCUGCGGAGAUGUAAUCUUCUGGUUUCUCGGAAAAAUGAAUAUUCAACAUGUAUACAGCACCAUAGCAAAGACAUUGUAGUUGGAACUUUAUAUGUUGGUAUCAUAUACACAACUGGUUUGAUCUAAA